UUCUCAUUUGUAAGCUUACAGCUUGUCUUUGAGAAGACACAAAAAAUAUAUAUAUAUGUAAGCAGGAGAGAGAUCAGAUCCCAAAGUAGUUGGUUAAUCUGUCCGUCAAAUCAAUCUCAUCUCAUAUAUUAUAUAAUUUACAUUGUUGUUGUUGUUCAGUCAAUCUUUUCAAUCAAUCAAAUCAAAAACUGUGUAAAAAAGAGAGAGAAUCAAACAGGAAUUAGAAAGGGCAAAAGUAGUAGUUGUAGUGUUGUUGAAAUAAUAAUAAUAAUUAAGAAGGAACAUCAUAUCAUGUCAUCUUCAGCUGCUUUUUCACCGGACCACCACCACCACCACCUCUCUCUUCCCUCCGAGAACCUCUGUUAUAUCCAAUGCAACUUCUGUGAUACUCUCCUUGCGGUGAGUGUUCCUUACAGCAGUUUGUACACAACUACUGUUACGGUUAAAUGCGGGCACUGCAGUAAUCACUUGUACUUAAACCCGGGAGCGCUUCUCUUUCCUGCUGCCGCCACCAACGCCGCCGUUGCUGCUGCUGCUAAUCAGUUUCAUCAUCUUGGCCAUGAUUUCUUCGCUCCUCGAAACAUUAUGGAGGAGAUGAGAAAUGUGCCAACUAACUUGUUGUUGAAUCAAGCAAACCCAAAUGAGCCCUUCAUACCUGUCCGGCUUGAUGACCUUCCCAAACCUCCGGUGGCAAACCGACCUCCAGAAAAACGCCAACGAGUGCCUUCUGCUUACAACAGAUUCAUUAAGGAAGAAAUCCAACGUAUCAAAGCAGGAAACCCUGAUAUCAGUCACAGAGAAGCCUUCAGUGCAGCUGCAAAGAAUUGGGCCCAUUUUCCUCACAUCCACUUCGGACUCAUGCCUGAUCAGCCCGUGAAAAAAACCAAUGUGUGCCAACAGGAAGGAGAGGAUUUGCUCAUGAAAGAUGGGUUUUUAAGCACGGCAAGUGUGGGUGUUUCGCCUUAUUAAGAAGAAAUAAAAGGGCCAAGAUAUAAAUAGCUAACUAGGGUUUCUGCAUUCCGUUUGUAUUUUGCCUUGUGCUUGCUUGAUCGAAUGUCUAAUUAAGACCGAAUAAUUAGGGGUUCUUAUUUUAUUAUUCGUCUUUAAAUUAAAGUACGCCGUUUUUAAUCA